AUGACCAGUUUUGAUCCUGCACUAACUAUCGCCCACUCUGUCGCCCACUCUGUCGCGCAACUGCCGCCCAGCAUGCGCACUCUCAAGUUAACGGACCUGUGGCUUGACCUCAAAAUGUUGUCUGGCUUCAAUCCUCUCGCAUGGGUCAAUCUCACGAAUCUCGAGAUCGUGAUAGACGCACUAGAUUCCUUCCCAUGCUUGCUCCGCCUGUGUCCCAACCUCUCGUUACUGACAAUAGUUGGAAUUUUCAGGUCGACGGUCGAGACGCCGGCAAAAUCAUCGCACUCCAAACUUCGAUCCUUGCGCAUAUCCGGGAAUCUGGAUGUGGACUGGAUCGGAAGUCUCGGGCUAUUCACUAUAAUCACGCUCCCCAAUUUAUGCGUGGUCGAGGUUCGCAAUGUAGGUGAAUGGCCUCAUGAUAUGUUCAAGGGGUUUUUGACACGGUCAUGGUGUCCCCUGGAGAGUUUGAUCUUUGGUGGUGGAGUAGUGACUACGGGUCAGCAGCUAGAAGAAUACCGUACCCUUUUUCCUUCUCUCUCAUUAGUGACAGAUCCUACGCGUUGCUCAUUUUACUUUUAA